GUCUUCUCUGAUCUCCUCCGCGCUGUCCAUUCUUGUCUCCACUGUCUCUAUUUGCGGUGCGGUGAUCAGAGAGUGCCCGGUGCAGGAGUGUUAGAGCGACUGAUCCUCUCAUUUGGGCACUGCAACCAACUGCGCUGGAUCAGUGAUCCCCUGAUUGUUCCUCAUACUCUGCGGCCUCUCGUGUCUUCCUGACCUGACCCGACUCCGACUGUGUCCUUCGUAAGCGCAGCGCUUUUCAGACUCAGAGAGGUCUGACAUUGACAGGCAACCACGAACCCUGCCACUGUCAACAUCCUAUAUUUCAUUUACCCGUCACUUUAACUUGUCCACUCCACUCACCUGGCCUCGCUCCCGUCCGACACCGACCUGUCUCGCCCUCUCCCUUGCCCACGCUUGACUCGUCCCCUCCCCCAUCUUUUUCUAUCGUUCGUUGCCUGGCGCAAUACCCACAUAAACCUACCCGGUAUCACCACUCUUAUCACAAUCACUCAGUGAGACAUAGUCAACAACAACCAUGGGCCGUACUCGCACCGCAACCAUCACAGACGACGACCCUCUCGUGCGAGCGCUCGCGCCACCUCCCGACGAGUCUCCAGAAGCACGAGCAGCCCGAGAAAGAGACGAAACGCUCGCAAAAAAGCGGAGCGACGAGAUUGAUGCGCGGCUGGCUGCUGAGAGCGCUGCAAAGCGGAAGAAGGGUCAACCCGUGAAGGUGUUGCUUCUUGGUCAGAGUGAGAGCGGAAAGUCUACCACACUCAAAAAUUUUCAGUUGACAUAUGCGCGCAAAGCAUGGACGGCAGAAAAAGAGGCUUGGCGCGCAGUGAUUCAGCUCAACCUCGUGCGCUCCGUGAACGCCAUCGCAGCUGCAGUAUCCCGCGAACUCGAUAAUGGUAAUGGUAGUAGUAAUGCAAGCGAAGAUGAGAACGACCCUGGCGUUCAUAUUUCGUUGAGCAUUGACACUGAUAACGCGUCGAUCCUUACCGGCCCUGAGACGGGUGACGAGGCCGAGUCGAUUAACGUUAACGAGCCGAAGUUCAACUUGACUGACGCCCAUCGCACACUUGUUGCUAAGCUAACGCCUUUGCGCUCCGUGCAGAGAAACUUGGAGGUGAAGCUUGGUUCUGGUGCCGAAGAGUUUGGGUAUGAUCACGUCAGCGUCCCUGAACCUCAGACAACUAGCGGUCCUCAACCUGUUGUGUCCUUCCGAGAUAUCACGAACGAACCUCAAAGCACGACUGGUCCCAAGACUCCUAACUCAUCUUCAGUAGCAUCACCCAGUGCUCUAUUGCGUGCCCGAAAAUCACAAGAAUUCUUCGUCCGCUCGAAUGGAUGGAAGAACGCACUGCAAAGAUUCCGUCCGAGGAAUUCGCGGUCGAGUCGUGAUGGCGGGGCAGAUGGUGAUCCCGAUUCGAUUGCUAUCGCACGGGCAGCCAUGGACAUGAAAGCCCUAUGGAGGGAUAAAGUCGUGAGAGAGAUUAUACGUGAACGGAAAGUGAAGCUGUUGGACUGUGCAGACUUCUUCCUACAUGAAAUUGAGCGCGUCGCGUCUCUCCGUUAUACGCCGUCAGACGACGAUGUCAUCCGUGCGCGUUUGCGUACUGUUGGUGUACAAGAACAUUCCCUUGUUUUUGAUUCCGGUCCAGAGCCAGGUCGCGAAUGGCUCAUUUACGACGUCGGCGGUUCUCGUUCGCUACGCGCACAAUGGCCAGCCUACUUCGACGACGUACACGCCAUCAUUUUCCUCGCACCCAUCAACUGCUUCGAUGAGCGACUCGUGGAGGACGUGCGCGUGAACCGUCUUGACGACAGCAUGCAAUUAUGGAAGAUGGUUUGCUCAAACAAGUUACUUGCAAGGACUGAGUUGGUGCUGUUCUUGAAUAAGUGUGAUUUGUUGGACCGGAAGCUGAAGAAUGGGGUACGAUUCGGAGACUUUGUAAAAAGUUAUGGAGAUGGUGAGAAUGACGCGGCGCCUGUUGGGAAAUUCCUCCGAGCAAAAUUCAUGGAAGUCUGCAAACACUACUCAAAAGAGCACAGGGGACUUCACGUCCACUUUACCUCCGUUAUCGAUACUCAAGCGACGGCAAAGACACUCGCGGCAGUGCAAGAUGGAAUUCUGCGAUCGAACCUUCGACACCUCGAUCUUAUAUGAUUCCGCGAUUCAAUUGCGAUAUUGCGAUACAUGAAAGUUCUCUCACCCUCACCUUCCCUUUUCAUUUAAUUUUGAUCUGGUUUCUUUUCUGUUUGCUUUCUAUUGAUAUUGAUAUUUCUUAUGACGGUCUGUCACCAUGUACUCUUUAUUCUUGAGCCCGGACUCCCUCUUCAUCUCUUUGUUUGCUCUGUGUCCUGUGUGCUAUAUGCUCAUGUAGUACUUGCAAUGCGGUCUGUCUGGUGGCAUGCUUAUGGGUUACGACCUACGGACUGGUAGUGUGCUGUGCGAGGUCGGGGUUGUAGGGGUUUUAUGGCGUGUGCAUGGUCUAAUGUAUAUAUGUAGAGUAAUGUAUUUCCUAAUCACAUAGUUUCUUC